AUGUCGGAUCUUUCUGACGAGGAGGCAAUGUAUGAGGAUUCCUAUCAGGAUUCUGAAGUAGUCCCAGAAAAAGAUCGUAAAAAAAGUUACCAAGUAGAUUUUAAAGUUCAUUCCGUUAAAGACAUUGUUAAGAAUCAGGAAGAUGAAAUUUCUCAUGUAUCUAUUAUUCUUGGCAUCCAAAGACAACAUGUUGCUACUUUACUUCGCCAUUUUCGUUGGAAUAAGGAAAGACUUUUAGAACGUUACAUGGAUGAAGAGAAAGGUGUUUUGGAUUCAGCAGGAGUCAUAACUGAUACGAUUAAGGCACCAAAAUUUAUGAAAUCGUCUGGUUUCAUUUGUGAGAUUUGUUGUAAUGAUGAUAGAAAUACGGUCACUAUAGCUCUAUCAUGCGGACACAGAUUUUGUAAAGAUUGUUAUGAACAUUAUUUGACACAAAAAAUCAAAGAAGAAGGUGAAAGCCGUAGAAUAUUGUGUAUGGCAAAUAAAUGUAAUGUAAUUGUUGAUGAAACGACCGUUGAAAUGUUGGUUGAUAAAGAUAUACAUGAAAGAUAUCGAAACUUACUGAAUCGGACAUACGUUGAUGAUAAUGAAAAUCUGCAUUGGUGCCCGGCUCCGAGUUGUGAAUAUGCAAUUGAAUGUCAUGUUCCACAAGCUUCACUCACCACCAUUGUUCCUACAGUUGAAUGUCAUUGCUGUCAUCGUUUUUGUUUUGGUUGUGGUUUACCAGACCAUCAACCAUCUAUUUGUGCGCUUGUUAAAAAAUGGAUUAAAAAAUGUGAAGAUGAUUCAGAGACUGCAAAUUGGAUUUCUGCUCAUACAAAAGAAUGUGGGAAAUGCCAUUCAACAAUUGAAAAGAAUGGUGGGUGUAAUCAUAUGACUUGCCGUAAAUGCAAGUAUGAAUUCUGUUGGGUUUGUAUGGGUCCUUGGUCGGAACAUGGAACUAGUUGGUAUAAUUGUAAUCGGUUUGAUGAAAAAAAUAGUAUUGACGCAAGGGAUUCACAAGCAAAAUCCCGAGCAUCUCUUGAGAGAUAUCUUCAUUAUUACAAUCGUUUCGCUAAUCACGAGCAAUCUGCUAAACUUGAUCGAGAACUAUAUAAUAAGACUGAAAAGAAAAUGGAAGAAAUGCAACAAACUUCUGAUUUAUCUUGGAUUGAAGUCCAAUUUUUGAAGAAAGCUGUUGAUAUUCUUGUUCAUUGUCGUAUGACUCUUAAAUGGACAUAUGCUUUUGCCUUCUACCUAACGCGCAACAAUGAAACAGCAAUUUUUGAGGAUAAUCAACGUGAUCUUGAAGUAGCAGUAGAACAACUUUCAGAAUUAUUAGAAAAACCUAUUGAUCCUGAUAAAAUCAGUGAAUUAAAACAACAAGUAUUAAAUAAGACAGUGUAUGUUGGAAGUCGAAGGGAGGUACUAUUGGAAGAUACUGCUAGAGGAUUAUUAGACAAUCGAUGGGAAUUCCAGACAUCUACAUAA